AUGUCAUUUGGAUGGUCUGCUGGAGAUAUUGCGCAGGCAAUAUCUUUGAUUGUCAAGGUUGUAAAAGCCCUUGAUGAUGCAAGUGGGGCUCCUGAUGAGUUUCGCAAAAUGGCUGUCUUUCUUGAGAAUGUUAAUCUCACGUUAAAGAACCUACAUGUCUUCGCUACAUUAGGGGUAUAUCCUUCGUAUGGAGAUGAGAUACGUAGACAAAUCGAGAAUAUUCGACCGCCUUUGGAGCGUUUUAUCAAAAUCAUGAAGAACUUUGAACCACACUUAGGUAGCAACGCUACACCCGGCUGGUGGAAAAACAUACCCCAAAAGAUGUUAUGGACUUUCAAGCAUUCCCAUCACAAACUUAAGAAGGAAAUCGAAGUGCAUUUACUUACGCUCGACAAUCUUUUAAAUCGGUUUACGUUGGAAGUCGUCCUUACUCUUCCCGACGAAUUGAAACAACUAUUUAUGAAUACUCUUACGCCUCAGAUGGGUUCAAUUCUAGAAGGAAUGGUCAAUCCUAUACGGAGUGAAAUAUCUAUAAUACGAAGGGAAAGGAAUGAGCAGCAUAAAGAAUUAUACUCUAAAGCAGAAGAUAUCAUUCUAUUGUUGCAAUCGCUUAAGAUCGAUGACUCCAGGCCCGAGAAUAAUGGUGCUUUUGAUGCUGCUGUUCACAACAUAAAAGAGCAUAUAACCAGCACGCUUGGACCAACGUCCAAUAGUUCUCAAAUACCUAUCAUUGGCAGUUGCCCACGAAGGGCAGGUAAUACCGAGUCACCUCCUGCAAGCAAUGUUUUGUUUCAAGCAACGAACAGAGAUCCGCUCGAAGCGAGCGACGAGGAGAUCAAACAAUCGUUGCGAAAUAUAUAUUAUAGCAUUAUUUUAUAUGCAGGAAUGUUCCUGCGCAAUCUAUGUUUAUAUCUAGCCAACAGGCUCAUGCUGUCGAGGCCCUUGACACCCAACCUGCUUGCGAUAUAUCACAUAACGUUUCAUGAUGCACUUGGCCGUCCUCCAAGAGUUCUUCAGUUUGAUGUUUUUAAUAAUUUUCAAGUCUUUCAGGCAUUCUUAUAUCAAUCGUUCUCUGAUACAGUUGGGAAAUCCUGGGUAGAACGAGGGUCAUAUCUACUCGCGAAUAAAUCGGAGAAAUCUGCUCUGACGGCUGAUACCUGGUCGCGGAUCAUUAAGCCAGGGUGUCACAUAGAAAUGGCCAUGGUGCUUGACUAUAGUAACAAAGUAAAGGAUAGAUGCCCUGACACCAGUUGUUCGGGCGUUCUAAUCAAUAUGGACAAUUAUGCAUGGAUGAAAUGUUCAUCGUGUCAGAAAGAGAUACUUGAGCCUGGAGUUGCCAACAAGAUCAGGAACCAUUAUUCUCCUGUAUCGCAAGUGGCUAUGGAACAGCACGACACAGAGGUAUCUGAGGCUGUCAAAUCUGAAAAUUUCGCACGCUGCGUCUAUCGAUUGAAUCAUCAACCCCCGACUGCACAAUCUGCGGAGCUUCUGAGACCACAAAACAGCGAUGCAAAGCUUCCAACGAUACAAUCUAAAUCUGUCUCAAAGCUGCCACGAAGCAAUUUGAAACCUGAUACUAGACCUUCAGCCCAACCAUCUACAACAACUUCAAUAUCGCGGAAAGCCGGUGUCGCUAUUUGGACCUGUUGCUGGUGUCGAGAUUAUAGUGGAAACUACACAUCUUGGGGGAUGACGACGGAAAUUGUAAAUUGUCCAGAAUGUUCUUAUGUUACUCCAAAAGAAUUCAACAAUGAUUAG